GACCGAGAUCUCAAUCAAGACCGCCGACAUUGCCGCCAUUGCACCAGACUCUUCCCCUGCCACGGUGGUGCCUCUCGUGCAGAGAGCUCUUGCCAUGGUGAUGUACACCGACGGCGGCCUCGGGCGCGGAGAGCCCAAAGCACGAGGCGGCGGCGAUGUGAGGCAACAGAGCGUCAUGAGGCAGGCUCUCAAGAUGAAGAACGGGAGGAGGAGCGCCGGCUCGAGGAAAGCUGCAUAUAUUUUUCAUGGAUGCCUUUACAUAUUCUAUGUUAGCCUUAUUGUGGAGGAAGAGGUCGCGUCAAUGUGGAGACUAGGAGAACUCAAGUGGUCAUCGACUUGCCUCUACGCUAGCCAACACCCUAUCAAAUUGAGAAAUUUGAGUUGUGUUUUGUCUGAAUUUUCGACUAAAUCUCGGGAUCUUUGUGAGAACGAAAGCACAAGUCUCAAAAACUGCCAAAGACCACUUGUUGUUGGUGGUCGUGUUCACAGAGCAAUUAUUAUGGUUCUUGGAAGUUGAACAAGACAACGGAAAUAGAAAUGAGGUUCCAAGUCAUUAGCCAGAGUACCUCAUAUGCUUGCUCUGUAUGCGAUCAGCUAUGUGUCUAUGUGCUCUGUUCUCCCAUCUGUUUUGUGCCAUCUUUUUUCCUUUCUGUUUCCGUAUGUGUAUGUUGUCCUAUCUAUUUUGUGUCAAAUCUGAGAGCUUUAACUGUUUUAUAAGAACAACCUGAUCCGAUCUCA